GCGCCAUACAAGACUAUUACGCGGUGUCAGUUGUUUUGGGACAUGCUGUGUAGAUCAUGGCGAUGUCAAGGUUGCUUUUCGUGUUACUAAUAUUAACCCUUAUUGCAGAAAGAUGUCUUGUAGAAUCCGACUGUCCAGAAGACUGGAUUGACUGCGGCAAUGGCAACUGCAUAGCAGACAUAUGGAGAUGCGAUGGAGAUAAUGACUGCGGGAACUUCAAGGACGAGCAGGAUUGUGACAACCUCCCAUCUAAAAAGUGUCUCAGCAGCCAGUUCCAGUGUCUAGAAGACGGACAUUGCAUUCCCGAUACGUGGAGUUGUGACGGGGAGCACGACUGCGAAGACGGUUCGGAUGAACACACUUGUGAGAAUGACACUCACUGCCAUGGAUUCAAGUGCAAGGACAAUCACUGUAUACCCUCUAUGUGGAAAUGUGACGGCCGAAAGGAUUGUCCUGAUGGAUCCGACGAAGAAUUUUGCUCGAAAGACUUAUGCGCAGCAACCGAAUUCACCUGUUCUUCCGGCACCUGCUUGGACAGAAAGCGAGUCUGCGAUUCCAAGAAGGACUGUCCCGAUGCCAGCGACGAAGGAAAGCUCUGCAGCCAGCUCUGCAACGCCACCAAACCGACAUGCAGUCAGAAUUGCAGGCGGACUCCAAAAGGCCCAGAGUGCUACUGUAACGAAGGCUUCACCGUGGGUAAAGAUGGGAAAACUUGUGAAGAUGUCAACGAAUGCUCGGUUGAAGGGUUUUGUAGUCAACUGUGCACCAAUCGAAUUGGAAGCUUCGAAUGUUCCUGUGUAGAUGGAUAUCAUUUGCUUAAUAAUACAUGCUUGGCUUCAGGACCUGAACCUGUGUUGGUAUUCUCCAAUCUACACGAAAUUCGAGCCAUGUUCUUGAGAACGAGGCGUUAUUUUCCUGUUCACAGUGCGUUAGCCAAAGCGGCAUCUGUCGACGUGGAUCCACUAGAAUCCAGAGUUUAUUGGGUAGAAAUAUCGAACAAAUCUUCGGUCUAUUCUUCGAAACUAGAUGGUAGUAGCUUCUCGACUGUUCUGACCAACGGCCUCAUGGUUCCUGAAGGAAUAGCUGUUGAUUACGUGGCCAGAAAUCUGUACUUCACGGAUUCCGGGUUGAAACAGAUCUUGGCAUGCAAGAUAGAUGGAUCGAUGUGUCACGUUCUACAUAGCACAAAUAUCGGCCGACCGCGGGCGAUAGCAGUAGAUCCGCCUGAAGGGUUACUGUACUGGAGUGACUGGGGAGAAAGCACAUCUGGAAUAUAUCGGAGUGGCAUGGACGGCAGCCGGCGCAUUGCCAUGGUAUCGAAGGACAUCCAGUGGCCGAAUGGUAUCGCUAUUGAUCACACCUCCAACCGGCUCUACUGGUCAGAUGCAAAGCUCCUGACAAUCGAAUACGUUACUCUAGAUGGGAAAAUUCGGAAGGUAAUUAUAAAGAACGAAGUGUAUCAUCCCUACUCUCUUGCUGUGUUCGAGGAUAACUUAUAUUGGUCUGAUUGGACUACCUUCACUCUGGAAUCCUCCAAUAAAUUUACUGGCCACAAGACUACAGUAAUGGUGCGCGAGAAUGGAAAGCAUAUUAUGGGAGUUCACGUCUAUCAUCCUGUUUUAGCAAGACGGGCAAACAAUCCAUGCUGGGGUAGUUCGUGCAGUCACAUCUGCCUCAUUGCUCCACUGAAUAACUAUCGCUGCGCUUGCCCGCCAGGCUUCUCACUCGGCAGAAAUGGAAGGACUUGCAGUGUUGACAGCAAUUAUCCCAUGCUGCUGGUGAACGAUGAAAGCAAGAUUUAUCACAUUCGGCCGGAAGCGGCAGGAAGCACCGCCAUCUCAGAGUUGCCGCUGAGCCAUGUCGAGUUGAUCGGAAGGCUUGCUUAUGACUGGAAGACAAGAACUCUGUUCGUAUCUGAUAUGAAGACUCCAGCCAUCUAUUCAUUUAAUAUGACAUCAUUCAGCAGAAGGGAGCUCGUCCGGCACCAUCUGGUGUCCCCUGAAGGUAUGGCGUUUGAUCCAAUAAGCGGAAAUCUUUACUGGGCUGAUUCGAAUAAAGGUACUGUGGAAGUCGUAACAACUACGGGUCUGAAGCGUUUGGUUAUUGUUGCGAAUCUGUCCAAACCGAUGGAUAUCGCCCUUGUACUCGAAGUAGGGAGAAUGUUCGUACCUACUAUCGGGAGAUCUCCUUCGGUGUGGAUGUUCGACAUGGAUGGAAAGAAUGGCAAAGUUCUCAAUGCUGCUGUGGGACUCCCAAUAGCUCUCGCCGUGCACCCCUCGGCUGGUCUUCUCUAUUGGGCAGAUCCGAGGAUGGGGACGAUUUCAUCUAUAGAUUACACCAAUUCAAAUAGUGAACCGAAGAUUGUGAGGGAGAAGAUCGGGAAUGUCAUGUCUAUUGCCAUUAACGAUAAGUUCUUGUACUGGACGGAUUCCAAGUAUCACGUUCUUCACUUGGCAACUCACAACGAAUCGCACUCCCAUACCAUAAGCUUGCCGGGAGUUAGAAGCGGAUUAGUGUCCAGAAAGGUCAUUUAUGCCACAUCGCCCAAGUCGAGGAGAUCCUUUGGUAUGGAUUGUGCGAAUAACAACGGCGGUUGUAGUUUCCUGUGCCUCACUUCACCUGGCGGUCGUACAUGUGCUUGCCCUUUCGGUGUGCAAUUAUCUCAAGAUGGAAAAUCGUGCUCAGAUAAACAAUGCCCUUCAACUGAAUUCCAAUGUCCCCGCAGUGAAAAAUGUAUACCUAGAGACUAUGUAUGCGACGGAAUCAAGGAUUGCCCCGAUGGUUCAGAUGAGACAUGCGAGGGAACAAUCCCAAAAUGCCCCAAUAAUGACUUCGCAUGUGCAAAUGGUCGAUGCAUUUUGUCUUCAUGGAAAUGUGAUGGAAGAGACGAUUGUGGGGAUAACUCGGACGAAAAAGGCUGCCCGCCUCCCCAAAAUUGUACUACAAAGCAGCUAGCUUGCCUUAACGGAGAGUGCAUUCCAACUUUAUGGAGAUGUGACGGCGAGAAUGAUUGCAAAGACGGCAGCGAUGAGAUGGAUUGCCAUGCGACAACCUGCGAUGCAGAGACGCAACUAAGAUGCGAUCAUGGCCAGUGCAUACCCAUAUCAUGGGCUUGCGACGGUGCUCCUGACUGCAUGGACAGCACCGAUGAAAGGAAUUGCACUACGAAGACAUGCGGAUCAGGAAAAUUUGCUUGCAAAAACGGCAUGUGCAUCGACCAGGUUAUGGUGUGCGACUCGAGGAUGGACUGUGAAGAUGGCUCGGACGAGAUGAAUUGCUCGCAAGCAAAUACUACUUGUAAAGCGGGACGUUUUGCUUGCGAAGAUGGGAUGACUUGUAUUUACGCGCAUGAAGUUUGUGACGGAUACAAGGAUUGCCUUCGUGGUGAAGACGAAGUGAAUUGCACGAAUGCUUCAGUGGAAUGCACAUCCGAAGAAUACUUCUGCACCAACACCUCAAAGUGCAUCUCCAGGCGGUGGAUCUGCGACGGGGAUGAUGACUGUGGUGACGGAUCAGAUGAGCCCUCGGACUGCAUUGAUAUAAUAGAACCUGCACUCCCAUCGGUUUGCGAUGCCUACAGCUGCCCCGUGACUGGAGAAUGCAUCUCCUGGUCUCAAGUGUGCAAUAACGAACACGAUUGUGCGGACCUGAUGGACGAAGGGCCACUUUGUGUGCAAUCUUGCACUCGAAACAACGGAGGUUGUGCUCACAGGUGCCAACGCACGCCCCAAGGCUCCAAAUGCUCUUGUUUUGAUGGAUACGUUCUUUCAAACGACGGUUUAGCCUGCGAAGAUGCCGACGAGUGCAGCAUUCCUGGAAGAUGCAGCCACUUCUGCAACAACACCAAGGGUGGCUUCAAGUGUUCUUGUGCAGAAGGGUACAUCCUCGAAUAUGAUCACAGGCGAUGCAAGGCUGCCAGCGGCACUGCAUACCUGACUUUCAUGCUGCCAGAUGAAAUCAGAGGAAUGAAUCUCAACUGGCCGUAUACAAUACAAUCUCGAAGGCUUGCCGAGGCUGCAGAUAUGCGAGGCAUGGACUGGGACUCAAAGGUUGAAACUUUUUACUGGACUGAUUGGGAAAAAAAAACAAUUAAUUGGUUGAAAAACGACACCCAUUAUGGCGUGCUUGUGCACACUCUAGUGAGACCGCACUAUCUCAGACGAGAUUGGAUCACCGAGAAUAUCUACUACACGGACGAUGAAGGAAGCAUUGUAUGUUGCACUGGGGAGGGAAAGUACUGCGCUACAGUUAUCAGAAAGGCAGCACCUCACAUUAACAGCUUUGAUAUAGCUCCUCUGGAAAGCCUGAUGUUCUGGACUGUCUGGGAACUGAGCCCCGAGAGUUCUGGCCUUCUGGAAAGAGCAGAGAUGGACGGAUCCAACCGAAAAAUAAUUGUCUCGUCAAACAUUAUGUGGCCAUCGGCUGUCACGGUUGAUCACAUCUUGAAGAUGGUUUACUGGACAGAUGCAAAACGCCAUGUGCUGGAGUGCGCAGACUUCAACGGUUUGAAAAGGAGAGUAGUUGUCUUCAAAGGCUUAAGCCAUCCCUUCAGUAUGACAAUGUUCGAGGACUACCUGUACUUGUCGGAUUGGGCCACGAGCAACUUGAUGCGCUGCGAGAAAUAUAACGGCAAGAACUGCACCAAAGUAUAUCACGGAAGUGUUAAGGCAGAAGUCUUGCUGGUGGAACACAAUGCGACUCAACCUCGAGGAACAAAUCGUUGCGCCAGCAGUGGAUGUCCUCAUAUUUGCCUACCAGCGAAGAGUAGUUUUGUCUGCAGAUGCGACGAUCACUUCCUGCCUGUACAGACCAGAUGCGAACUGAACAUGGCAGCUUUGUCCACAGAAUCCACCAAGCGGCCAUGCCCAAAUGACUACUGCCUCGCGGGUGCCGAGUGCGUGGUUGCUCGAGGCCGGUAUUUCUGCAAAUGCCCUCCAUCGUACAUGGGGGAUCGGUGCGAUGUGGCAGUAGCCUACACGCAGAGCCCUUACGAUAGCAGCUGGAUUGUCGGCGUGGUUCUAGCUGUGCUUUUCGUUGGGCUAAUUGUAGCCAUCGCAUUCUUCUGCAGAAAGAACAGAGAAAAAUUGACGAAAAUGGGCGAAACUGUCGCCGUCAGCUUCCGCAACACUGGCCUGCAUCGCAGAAGCAGCAAGUUGAUUGAGGACGAAGAGGAUGGCUCCUGCGACGAACUCGAUAUCGGAAAGAAACCGUCAAAGCAAUCUAAUUUCGGCAAUCCCUUGUUUGGCAAGAAGACCAGAAAGCUGGAGGAAUCGGAGGAUGGUUUCAAAAGAUGGGAAUCUCACGAUUCGGAGAAUUCUGCUUUCAUGAGCGACUCCCAGGCUGAAUCGGGUUCUGGGUUUCGAAUUUUGGAAGGUCCACGCAGAACGACUGAUCGAUUUCUCCAUUUUUUCAAAAAAUGAGGACUUCAUUCGAUUUCUUUGUUCAUAUGAUCAACAGAUGUUUUAAUGUUAAGUUUUAAACUAAUAAAUUAACAUUUUUUACAUUGAAA